AUGGCGAGCAGCAAGACGCGUUUCUCAAUGGAAAGCAUUCUCGCCGAUCAACCAACGCCCAUCAACCAAGCACACUCACGGAAAAGACUUCACAAUGGCGAUUCCUCGUCUCCUCCACCGAAACUCUUUCAUCCGAGUGAGAAUUUCCUCGAAGCGAUGGCUAGGGUAGCUGACGCAGCUUUACUGUCAGAAGGAGGCCCGUCUUGGAGAGCGGCUUUGGAUCCGAGUUUGAUCCAAAAACGAAUAGUUAAAGAAAGCUUUUGCUCAAAAGAGACGCCAGAGAAUCGAUUUUUAAAGAGAAAUUCAAUAGAAAGUGAUGAAGAUCAGCCAACAACUUCUAAGAUUAAUCAAAAAAGCGAAUUGAUUGAUGGAGAGCAGAAAGAUGAGGAGAAUCGAAUGAUUUUGAAUGGAUUUCUUAAAGAGCCAUUGGAAUUAGAUGAAUCCUCGAAUUGUCUGGAGGAAGCUGGAUCGAUUGAGGAUUGUCGGAGUGACUCGCCGGACGAUGAGACUGAAGAAGAGAAAGAAGGAGACACGUCGAGUCCAAAUAGCGGUAGCGCUAUGUCGGCGCAACGCUCAAAAUCCGGUGCAGCGAAACCAGCAUACUCGUACAUCGCAUUGAUAGCAAUGGCCAUCGUAAACAGUCCUGAAAAGAAGUUGACCCUAUCACAGAUCUGCGAGUUCAUCUCCGAGAAGUUUCAAUAUUACAAAGACAAAUACCCAGCUUGGCAAAACUCGAUUCGACACAAUUUAUCCUUAAACGAUUGCUUUGUGAAAGUGCCGAGAGAGCCUGGGAAUCCGGGAAAAGGAAAUUAUUGGACAUUGGAUCCACGAUCUGAAGAUAUGUUCGAUAAUGGAAGUUUCUUGAGAAGAAGAAAGAGAUUCAAACGAACACCAGACCCACCCGAGAUGCCGUUCCCGUUCCCGUUCUUGCCUCCAUUCAUGGCUCCUCGUCUUCCCCUCCCAAUGGGCAUGGUUCCAGCAGGCCAUCCCCUUCCCCCAUCCAUUCCAGGCCUUCCACCCCUUCCACCACCUCUUUUACCAAUUCCCUCGUUUUUCUUUCCCUCACUUCCACCUGGGAUCGAUCAUCAGUCAUUACUAGCUGCUGUUGCCGCAUUACCGCCACAAACAACAAGUCCUAGCUCAGAGAAAAGUGCU